AUGCCUAAGCAUCCGAUUGUUUCCACUAGUACGCCGAUCGUAACCGACACUAUAAUUUCGACAAUGUCAAAUGAACGCAUACGUCAACUGGAAGAAACAGUAAGAAAUUUGACAAGUUGUCUAGCUUCAACUUCCAGUGAAACGCAGGUGCAUACGGUACCGCAGAGACCAAUUUCAUAUAAGACCGCAGCGGAUUGUAUUCCGUUAUUUGAUCCUGCAGAUCGCAAGAUAACAGCAGCUAGAUGGGUUGCAAAAAUCGAGCAAUUAGCGGAAAUUAAUAAUUGGGACGAACGAAUCAUUGUUCAACACAUGCAUAAUCGUCUCGAUGGAGUUGCACGAAAUUGGUAUAAUGACCUUGUGGACUACAACCAUACGUGGGCAGAGUGGAAAGAUCUUUUUAUGAAGACUUUCCCCGAACACAAUGAUUUUGCUCAUUUAUUAAAAACGAUGAUCGAGCGGAAGAAACAGCCUGAUGAAUCGUGGGCAGUAUAUUAUUUCGAUAAAGUCGGAUUGAUACCAGCAUGCGAGAUAUCGGAGAAAAACGCAGUGGCAUGUAUUAUAGGUGGCAUAGACGAUGUUGUGGUGCGAACUGGUGCCAAAGCAGGGAGAUACGGCACUCCUGAAGCACUAUACGCAGAGUUCUUUACGACGUUAACCGAAAAAGAUUCCUACAGGAAAUACGAACCUAAAAUAAAGAGUCGCUUGGGUGAAAGACGUUUUCCCAACCAUUUUAGCCGAACAAAUGAACAUGUCCAUCCAAAAGGGAAGGCAUCAAACGAACGCGAAGGACAUUCUGAUAAAAGAGACAUGAAACAUAAGAAAUGUUUCAACUGCGGUGAGGCAGGACAUUUUUCGAGCAAGUGUCCUAAACCCAAGAAGGAAUGCACGAAUUGCAAACUUUUGGGACAUUUAGCAUCAGAAUGUCGUAAACGUACGACAACGUUGGUAACUGAUACUUCCGAAAAGGGAACAAAACCGCAUGGUAGCAAUACGUGUUACUAUGUUGAUUGUGAGAUCAAUGGAAAAACAUUCUGUGGUUACAUAGACACAGGAAGUUCUAUGGUGAUAAUCAAACAUAGUGUUGUUAAAGAUUUGGGGUUGACUAUGAACCCUUGUUCGUACCUUAUAAGGGGGUACUGCAAUGGCAAUACUUCGGCCAUUGGAAAAGUCUGGAUAGAUCUUAAAGUGGAUCUAGUCCAUGAUAAAGUAGAAACUGUCGUGGUUCAUGAUGAGGUGCAAACGGUACCCAUCUUGGUUGGCCAGACAUUUAUAAACGGCAAAAAUCGAACUUUAGUAGUUCAAGAUGAUGACGUGAGACUCAUUAGUAAGGAACUUUCGAACAUAAACCUAGAUGCUGUACCACCGAAAAAGAUGACGUUGUAUUGUCAAGAAACAACUGUUAUUCCACCACACAGCAUUGGAUUUGUACGGGUCCAGUGUGACGAUGACACCAACUGUGGAGCUGCUUUUGUGGAAGAUCAACCACGGCUUUUACCAAUUCAAUACCAUUCACUAUGGUCUGCGAGGACGCAGACUAAGGGUAGCAUGGCCGACUGUGACGAACCACUGCGCAUGUCCCCUAAAAUGAUGCAAGACGGCUCGCGAGGAGACGGAUACGGCAGAAGAGAUGCAACAGGAAUGCAAGCGAGUGCAUGGUUUUACGAAUUAUAA